UUAAAAUUUCUUGCAGUUCGACUUUUUACACACUUGUCGCACCCUAAUCUCAUUUUAUUCACAAUAUUCCACGUUGAUAAGAUCGAUAUAGUACUAAUUGUGUUGACAAGAAAUGUCUGGUGAACAGAGAUUAGUGAUAAAAGGAAACGACUCGAAGUAUGUGAAGUUAAAUGUUGGUGGUUCACUUUUCUACACAACGAUUGGGACACUCACUAAACAGGACACCAUGCUUCGUGCUAUGUUCAGUGGGCGGAUGGAAGUGCUGACUGAUCAGGAAGGAUGGGUCUUGAUUGACCGAUGUGGCAAGCCGUUUGGAACAAUCCUGAGCUUCCUCCGUGAUGGUACUGUGGCGCUUCCAGAAUCAAAAAGAGAUCUUCAGGAACUCCUAACAGAAUCAAAAUAUUAUCUAGUCCAAAGCCUUGUAGAUCAGUGUGAAACUGCUUUAAAGAAGAAAACAGAGGAACUGGAGCCAAUAUGUCGGGUACCUCUUAUAACAUCACAGAAAGAAGAGCAGGCGUUGAUUGCUAACACUGCAAAGCCUGUAGUGAAACUGCUGUGCAAUAGACACAAUAACAAAUACUCAUACACAAGUAACUCAGAUGACAACUUAUUACGGAAUAUCGAACUUUUUGAUAAACUAUCAUUACGGUUCAAUGGUCGUGUGCUAUUUAUUAAAGACGUUAUUGGCAGUAAUGAGAUAUGUUGCUGGUCAUUCUAUGGACAUGGAACGAAAGUGGCCGAGACGUGCUGUACAUCAAUUGUUUAUGGUACAGAUAAAAAGCACACUAAGGUUGAGUUCCCAGAAGCCAAGAUCUAUGAAGAGACUUUGAAUGUGUUAUUAUACGAGGAUAGAAACAAAGGUCCUGAUGCUGAGCUCAUGCAGGCAACAAGGGGAUACAAUCUUGAGGUUGGCGGUGGUUACGCGAGUGACGAUGACAUGGACGAUCAUAGUGGUGCGAGUAGAAUGCGGCGAAAAUAGACUAAAUAAUUUAAAUGGGGUUGGCGUCUCAGUAAUGUUUGUGUUCUUGCAGUCUGUAGUUCAGGAUUAUGCAGUCCUGUGUCCACCUUUAUGUCAAUCAUUAAUGUACUUUCAAAGGGUGGGCUUGUAUAAAAAAGGACUUAGUUCGUCAAAAUCUCUUGAUAUUAUUUUUUGUACUGGUAAGAGAGUUUUGAUCCUAGUACCAAAUUGGUGACAGUGUCGCCAAAUGACAUUAUUGUAGGGGAGCAGAUUGUUGAGUCAGUUGGCAUCACAUAUUUGUUAACCAAGUAUCUGCUUAUCAAACGACCAGAUCAAGAAAUUGACAACAGCAAACAUUUUCCAGAUUCUGUUACACGUAUUUAAUUUAUUCAAUUCGAACUGCUGUGUUUGUUGUAUCGUUAUACAUCUUCCUUCAUUGUAUUUGGUGCCGAAACCCAAAGUUUAGUGAGCGAGUUGUUGAACUGUUCCAGUGCUUGUGACAUGUAUUACAGCUUCACACCAUCAUAGCUGGCAUUGUAACUUCCAUAUGGGACACAUGGAGUUUUGGGAUGAAAAGCCAGUCUAUUUUAUGAACUCUAGAUCAAAACCUUGUUUCCUUGACAGUAUCCUACUUGUAUCGGGUACAUUUCUAUGUGUACAUUGUAGCUUUUGUUGUACAGUCUGAAAUGGUUAUGUCCUGUUCUAUUUGUGUAUAGAUCUUGAGCAUGAUGUAACAUAGUUUGGUGAAGGUGUGAGCUGGACAUGUAGUACAUGUCCAGAUACAGCAAGUGGAAGUUGGACAGUUAACUUGAAGAACUAAUUGCUGCAUCUACAUGUACAUAUAUAGUACUAGUAUUUGCAAUGACACUAAGUGUAUUCAAGUCCAUGUGUUCAACAUGUUGUACCUUACAAUCUCUCUCCUGUCUUCAGUGUGUCUUCCUUUAUCGUUUUAUCAGCUAAAGUAUAGGGCUAAUUGUUCCAUCUCGUUUUCAAUCAAGGAAGAUCUCAAACUCGAGUAUACUUGGGGAUUAUAGGCAAAAUCUAGGGGGUCCAACUAGUGAAAAUGUGCACAGAGAUCUAUGUCUGGUUUGAUUGGAUAAACGAAUUCCUCAAGUAUGAAUAGUGCCCUUAUACUGUGAGAUAUUCGAUACACCUAUUGGUCACUUUGUGUAACCCAAUGUAGACCUCCUGGAUCUUGCCUAUAAUCUCCCUUUAAGGUGUCCUUCCUUGGAGGAGCCCUCUGGGUAGCUUUGUCAUGAAGGGGAGGGUGGAGAAAUUAUUCCAUCAAUUAUUUUGUAAUUUGCGACAAAGAGGGAAUUUCAGAAAAGAAGCACACCAUACACUUGUUUAAUUUGGCCAGUUUUGUACAUAUAGAGGGGGUGGGGUUAGAUUGGCUCCAAAUCCGACUGGGCCUCCAAGCACAUCAGGACUGUCUUCAAAAUGUAUCUCUGGACAUAAUGUGUGGCUUUUGUCAGUUCGAGUUAUGGUCUUGCAGUUGCAAUAAACUUGAUAAAUAAAGAUCUAUUUAAGACAA